CACACACUCUCUCUCUUUGACACACACACUCUCUCACACACACACACACACGCACGCGGCUCCAGCCCUUGAAAGCAGCUGCGUAAUUACGCACAGUCACUUGCUCUUGGCUCUCGCAGAGGAAAGACGCCUCUUAACACAUUACCUGGAAAUAGAAACCCAGUCAGAUUUGGAGAAAGAGAGCGCAUAAAAACAUAGAUGCCAUGCUGCUGUCGGCGCUCUUCUGGUUCCCUUUCCUGGUGCCACUAAACCAUGCUCUGGAGUUUCAGUACCACAACACUGCCCAGGUGGAGCGAUAUCUAUAUGAAAUCAGCAAAAAUUACUCCAGCAUCACGCACCUGCACAGCAUCGGCCGGUCUGUUGAAGGAAGAGAGCUUUGGGUGCUAAUACUGGGUCAACAUCCUAGAGAGCAUCGUGUCGGCAUUCCUGAAUUCAAAUACGUUGGCAACAUGCAUGGUAAUGAGGUGGUGGGGCGAGUCUUGCUGCUGCAGCUGAUCGAUUAUCUGACCCACAACUAUAUGAGCGACCCUUUUGUAACGAAGCUGAUGAAUGCCACUCGUAUACACAUCCUGCCUUCAAUGAACCCAGAUGGCUUUGAGUCGUCAGGACGUGACUGCAUGUAUUCCCCGGGCAGGCUUAAUAAAAACGGCGUGGACCUGAACCGGAACUUUCCAGAUGCGUUCUUGAGUGAUUUUGAACAGGUGAGAGAAAAGGAGGUGGAUUCUGUGAUUAAGUGGUUGAAGACAGAGAUGUUUGUUCUCUCCGCGAACCUCCAUGGAGGAGCAGUGGUGGCCAGCUACCCCUAUGACAACAGCAACGGAGGCAGUGAGCUGCAGGGGGACUCCAGCAUUACUCCAGAUAAUGAUGUGUUUGUCCACCUGGCCAAGACUUACUCAGUUAACCAUGCGAGCAUGCAAAAGGCAAACAAGUGCUAUGAUUCCAAGGAUUUCACCGACGGCAUCACCAACGGCUACAGCUGGUAUCCACUAGAAGGUGGGAUGCAGGAUUACAAUUAUGUUUGGGCUCAGUGUUUAGAGCUCACUCUUGAGCUCUCCUGCUGUAAAUUCCCUCCAGAAAGUGACCUGCCAGGUCUGUGGGACGCAAACAAGCCCGCACUGCUGGCCUACAUGCAACAAGUUCAUUUAGGUAUAAAAGGCCAAGUGCUUGAUUUGAAUGGGACGCCAGUUCAAAAUGCCUCAGUGGAGGUACAGGGGAGGAGAAACCUUUGUCCAUUCAAGACAAAUCAAAAUGGAGAGUAUUACAGACUGCUGCUGCCAGGAAACUACACCAUCACGGUGAGAUACCCAGGAUACGAACCCCUCACAGAGACCGUGUCAGUGCCGUACGGUCCGGACGGGUUCACAGCUUUAACACACAACUUCCAGUUUCAGAAAAGUACCAGCACUACAUUCUUUGUGGCAACAGAGCCCACUUGCCCAUCACCUGAAGUCAGUAAUAGAGAGAACCACAGUGCUGCCCUGCUGUCCAGCACCAUCAUUACACUUACAGCCCUCACAAUUCACACACUCCUGCUGUGUUGAGUGAUCAUUGGGCGAUUUGACUGUUGACUGAAGUGUAGACUUUACUCUUUUUGCACACACACAUACACACACAUUAGCCCUGUAUUGGCUUGAGAGGUUUUUUAUUUGUGUUUUAUGAGGAUAUCUCGUUCCUUUUGAAGGUCAUUAAAGGAAAGCAACCGACUCUGAAUAUUGCAUUUAAUGAACUGCCUCAUCAGAGAGAGGCUGUACUUUGGGAGCUCAUAAUGGGAACACACUUUCCUCUAAGUCAUUUUUACAGAUAAGCACUUUGCAGAGAAUUUCAAAACUUUGAAUGGCUUAUAUAAAAGACAUUAUGCAAAUGCUCUCAUGCCUGAUAGCUUUGACUGUGUGGUUACUUAAAGAUCCAUUUUCUUCUUUAACAUCUUUGCUGGUGUCGAUUUUAAAGGAAAAGUCCAUCCUGAAUGUCUUGCAUAUUAAUAUCUUUAAUGGAUAAGUGAUAGUCACAUCCAAGGUUUGUUUUAUAUCGAAAGUGGUUUUAAUGUUUUCCUCAACAUGUUCCACUCUGUUUUCAAUUUGAUUUAGUUUACAUAAUUCAAUGGCACAACUGGGAAUUAGCCCCUGCAUCAUCUCCACAGAAGCGCAGCAGCACACCAGUUUUUCGAUCUUCUCUGUUAAUGCUAUUUUUACAGAUUCACAGAUUUUUACAGGCAUUCACAGAUGCCAUCUUGUCACGGGGAUAACAAAUAUCUAGCACCAAGCAACAAAUACACAUCAGAAAUGCUAUGCACAGAUGACAAUUAUUUCAGUAUGAGCAUGUUUAUUCAGGGUGGAUCGUUCCUUUCAGUUUUGUAUUUUUUUUUUUUUUUUACAUUGCCCCUGGAAUAAAUUUUUUGUCCUUCCCUUAAUGUUGUUCUUUUAUUACAGUCAAAGCUCAGACAUGUAACUGUUCCAGUGGUGACUUUAAUCGCUUGGUGACCGUCUAAAUUUAAUUAAGAUUUAAAGCAGAAUUUUAUAGCUUGAGAAAACUUAAAUCCCUAAGGGCUUAAUACAUGCUAUUUCAACUAAUGAAUAAUGUCUAAUGUACUUUAUCUUAGACAAAGUACUUUUUAUUCAUUUUUAUUCUAUUUUUGUCUUUUUUUGUUGUUGUCUAUGAAGUCUUAUUUAGAAAAGUGAGUGUUUGAGAGUUUCAAAAUUAUGCAGGUAUUUUAUCAAGCCAUAAAAGUACUUUUAUUCAGUUGUAUUUAGCAUUUAGAUAUUUUAUUCCUUUUAAAACACAUCUGUUUGUCGGCAAAGUCUUCCCUUUCUGAAUCCAUAAACCUAAACUCAAAUGGUUAUGCCAAAAACAGCUCUUUUUUUUUUAUUCUACCUCAUCCUGCCCUCGUACUGUUAUAAUGACUUGUAGUGCCUUAAAUAAAAUUGUUAAACUGUU